UAAUGCUUGCUUUUUGAUUGGUCAACUAUAAGCUUUGUUUUUGUAUGCCAAGCCAAGUUAUCAUGUGUCCCAAAGCUUAAUGACGUAGGCCAUUAUUUGUGUUAUUGAAUGUGUUAACAGUAACUAGCUUAGCCUAGUCUGUCAACAGGUGCAUCCUGGAGUGAUGCGUCAAAACAAUACCGUCCAAUCAGCGUAAUGAAGUUGGUAACAUUGGUGUCAGCAGAAGAGACCUAUUUUUAACUGUAGAAAGAUCCUCGCCUCAGGCUAUAUAGGCUGGUCCUCAGACCUCUCGGCACCGUGAGCAGAGAAAGCGGGCUCCAUCUCUAAAGGGGCAACAGUAGACCAGUUUGUCCACAGCGAAGUGGUGGAUGUCGGAGCCACGGCGAGGGACCGCUGCAGCGCAUCAUCUGAUCGCCAGUAAAGGGAGGGGCAUUUACUCCGAACCUAAUCCCAGAUGCAACAUCCAGCCUUUCAGCAAAAUCCACAUCUCUACGGACCGUUGUGAUAUGAAGUAGAUAUCACGCGCAUAAGAGCGAGGGGAGGAGGGGGGCAGGCACAGGCUGGACCGCAGCUGCUCCGCUUUCGCAAAGUUCUCCAUGCAGAAGGGAGGGCGCGGAGGCCGGUUGAGUGAGAGGGACGUUUUCCUAGAGGCUGCCAGUGUUUGGGGCAAACACAGCGCAGAGAGAGAAGCCCCUCUCCAGCUCUCCUCUCCGUCACUUUCGAGCUCUUUUCAGACCGAAGAGGAGCAUAAUGGCGAAAAUGAGGGUGUCAUACGAGUACUCGGAGGCGGAGGAUAAGAGUAUCCGACUAGGACUGUUCCUCAUCGUCUGUGGCAUCCUGUCCCUCUUUAUCCUCGGGUUCUGCUGGCUCAGUCCAACUCUACAGAGCAUGCAGAGCAAACCGGCCAACUGCACGGUGGUGUCCGUGCUCAGACCGGAGGAGAUGUUCGAGUGCGUGUUCACGUGCGGGGCGGACUGCAAGGGGACCUCGCUGUAUCCGUGUCUGCAGAUAUUCGUCAAUAAUUCCGAAUCGAACUCCGUGGCUCUGCUGCACUUUGAUGAACAGCAACUGGUGCUGAACCCAAAGGUAAAUGACUACAACUCUAGAACGAGAACACUGUGAAGGAGCGCUCUAGACUUUAUAGUCGACACAGUGUUGCAGUUACUGAAUGCAAAGCUGUGAACGAUCGAUACAGUAGCAAGGCAAAGUGUCUGGCUGGAAAAGUUCCCAGUCUCAGUUUAUUGACAUGAGAUCGAUAUUAUGUUAAUAGUUGCCUGUUUUUUAAAACUAUGUUAAUGUAAACACGCUGUUUGUAUACUAAAGACGAAAUAACAUUCUUGCUAUUUUCUAUUCCAAAGAUAUGGCAAAACAAUCACAGACUUAAAUAAUGAGUUUAACUUUCGUAAAAGUCACUUUACAGCAAGUGUGAGAGGAUCUACACCUGUCCAAGUCUAUUCUAGAGACAUAGCCUCAUCAUCACUCACAAAGAGAACCUCUACUGUGAUGAAGAGGAACAGAGAAGACUAAAUGACUCCCUUUGGGACAGAAAGCCCAAACGUCUGUGUGAGGUCUCUUUUCUUUUCAGUUGGUCCAUUAAACUCUCU